AUGGAUUUGCCAGAUGACAGACUCAGACUAGAUGGAUAUUCAUCCAGAAGGUCGUUUGAGCAUUUUGAAGUUGGUUAUUUAAAAUUUGGAUUAGAACGUUACAAAAUCAUGGUUGAAUUAACUGCUAGUCGCAGAACCGGUGUUCAUCGAUAUACUUUCCCACCCUCUGAAAAUAAUGCAAAAGUUAUUCUUGAUUUGGGUCAUAUUUUAUCUUUUGGUUGGAGGUAUUACGAUAUAUGUAUUACUGAUGUCGUUUAUGUUAACUUUAUUAUUUACAUACAUCAUUUACAUAAUGAUUACAGUGCCAGAUAUGAAAAUGCAGCAAUCACUUCUAUUUCUCACAAUCAAAUGAAAGGGAUUGGCGCGAUUCUAACUUUUGAUACUAUUAAAAAUCCUGUAAUCGUUUCCAGAGUUGGCAUCUCAUUCAUUUCAGAUGAUCAAGCUUGUGAAAAUGCUGAAAGUGAAGUACCAGAUUGGGAUUUUGAUAAGACAAGAGACGAAGCCGUUAAUGCUUGGAAUAAAGAAUUGGGAAGGAUUCAAGUUGGUGGUGGAUCUAUAAAUGUUACAGAAUCUUUUUAUAAACGUGCCGUGGAUAUUACUAGUUCACUAAUUGAUAUUUAUGUGCAUGAAGGUUAUAUGCCUGAUGGAAGAAGUGGUUCAUGGAAUGGAAUUACGCAAGGUGGAUCUAAUGCUGAUAUGGUUGUGGCAGAAACAUAUUUAAAAAAGAUAGAUGUUAGUGGCAAAAUAGACUGGGAAUUAGCGUACAAAGCUCUUAUCAAAGAUGCUGAAGUAGAUCCAUGGGAAAAGGGCUUAUCAGAAGGUCGAUUAUACUUAACAGAUUAUAAAAAAUAUGGCUAUAUUCCUUUCCCGGAUGAUGGUAAAACUGGAUAUGCUAACGCUCAGUGUAGUCGAACUUUGGAGUAUAGCGCUAAUGAUUAUAGUAUUGGUCUUGUUGCUCAAGAAUCAAACUCUGCUCCUUUAAAUCAUGUUAUUAUUAACUCUGAUACCUCGAAUUUUGAUUCAACUGCAACCAAUAAUUCAAGUAAUUCAGGACCGAUUUACGUUAACCCGUAUGUUCAGAGUGUUAAAAUAAACGAUAAAAUAUGGGAAAAAACUUGGUUUAGACAUAGUGACAUCUCAAAAGGUGCAAUAAUGGAAUUACAGAUGGGGCCAAAACCAAGCAAAGUUUGGGGUGUUGAUGAUGAUGAAAUUGAAAAGCAAAAAGAUGUAGAAGACAGAGUUAUGCCACCUAGUAUGAGCGACUAUAAAAUUAAUACAGAGGAAAGGUUAGAAACUCCAUUAAAGUCACCCUAG